UUGGUGUAAAGAAAAGAGUGGGUGUUGGAAGGGAAAGCGCGUGUAAGUAUUAGCCGAAAGCAGCGACAGAGAGAGAUAGUGACGCUGUAUUUAUUAUGGUUGUAGUUUAGUGGGAGAAGUGAUUUAUUUUAUGGUUGCUUCUCCUUCUAACGUACUACUGUAUCUCUUACUUACUAUCCACGGAUUGAGCAAAAAUGUUGAAACUUUGAUGUGAAUGGAGACGUCCGCAACACCCACCAAUGCUUCUUCUUCUUCUUCUUCUUCUUCUUCCUACAAUAUUAGUAGUAAUUCUGCAAGUUACGGAAUUCAAGCGGUAGCUUCCAAUAUCAUACAGGGGCCACUGAGUGGCCUGUUGGAGUAUUCGGGUAUUCUGGGAGGAGGAGGAAGAGCUGCAGGCAGGUCCAAUUCUCCGGAAACUGUUGAUAAUAAUAAUAAUAAUAAUAAUAAUAACAAUAAUAAUAGUAGUAGUAAUGAACCAAUUCUCCCGGGAAGCAAUCCCGAGGAGGUGGUGGAGGAGGAGGUCUCCAUCAGGAUUAUUGGUGCAGAGCACGAGCAUUUCAGUGCUCAUCAACACAUUCCGGCAAAUCCAGCACAUGUAUCGGAUCUCACUAAUUCUGCGAGCACCACCAGAAGCUACGAUGUCCAGCGCUUCGUCCGCUGGUUAGAGCAGAUUCUCCCUUUCUCUUUGCUUCUUUUGCUCGUCUUCAUUCGUCAACAUCUCCAAGGUUUUUCUGUCGCUCUUUGGAUCGCUGCCGUCAUGUUCAAAUCUAAUGAUAUUCUACGGAAGCAGACCGCUCUUAAGGAGGAGAGGAAAAUCUCUGUUCUCCUAAGCAUUUCUCUGGUGUUUAUGAUUCAUUUCGUUUGUGUUUAUUGGCGGUACCGGGGCAAUAACCUGCUCUACCCGUUCCUAUUGCUUCCCCCUAAAGCAAUUCCUCCCUUUUGGCAUGCUGUGUUCAUCAUCACGAUAAAUGACAUUAUGGUGCGACAUGCAGCAAUGGCCUUCAAAUGUUUACUUUUGAUACAUUACAAGAAUGGUAGAGGCCGGGAUUACCGUAAACAGGGUCAAAUGCUGACUCUUGUUGAGUAUCUCUUGCUACUCUACCGUGCUUUGUUGCCAAUACCUGUUUGGUAUAAGUUCUUUUUAAACAAAGAAUAUGGAAGCCUUUUUUCUUCGUUAACUACAGGGUUAUAUUUAACCUUCAAGCUUACGUCACUUGUGGAGAAGGUCCAAUCCUUUUUUGCUGCAUUGAGGGACAUGUCACAUAAGGAGGUGCAUUUCGGGUCUUAUGCCACGUCUGAACAGUUGAACUACAGGUCAAUGCAGCAGGGGAUCUCUGUGCUAUCUGCCAGGAGAAGAUGCAUGCUCCGAUUUUGCUUCGCUGUAAACACAUAUUCUGCGAAGACUGCGUAUCAGAAUGGUUUGAGCGAGAAAGAACGUGCCCGUUGUGCCGGGCCUUGGUAAAACCAGCCGAUAUCAAAUCUUAUGGUGAUGGAUCAACCAGUUUGUUUUUGCAGCUAUUUUAAGAUCUUCUACUUGAUAAAGAGACCGGAUCUGCAUCUGAAACCAAACAUUAUUUUGCUCUAAGAAGUUGUUGAAGGCUCUGACUUACAAUCCCUUUGUUUCCACCACUGCUGUUUGUUAUUAUGUUGUACCCAUGAGGUGUAUAAAUUCUCAUGGCCAUUCAUUAUAUGUUUAAACCACAUACGAGUUUUGUCUAUAUAUCUUGUUUGAGAAUUGCUUGGUUGUACAUUCUCAUCCCACUCCUAUUCUACUCGUCUACAUGGACCAAUAUUAUUGUUAAAAAAAUCAGGGUCCCACUACACUCUUUAUACUAUCUCUUACAUUAUUGGUCCACGUAAACAAGGGUGAGAUAGUGAUGAGAUAGAAGUGUACAACCAAGCAUUUCUCAUCUUGUAUAUAGAGCUUUAUACAAACAUACAAAUUAAUGCA